CGGAGAGCUCGUGCGGAUCUGCGUAGUUGAAAACAGUAUGGUUGUAGAAAGAAGAUGGGCUCCACUCGGUUAACUGCAAAAGAACUAUGUGAGAACGAUGACCUUGCCACAACGCUAAUUCUUGACUCCUACCUUGGCUUUAGGACUCAUAAAAUGAAUGUAAGCCCACUCCCAGCCAUCAGGAGGAAGCACCAUUUACGGGAGGCAGUAGAAGCUUUCCGGAAGCGCAAGGACCUAGAAGCAGCAUAUCAAGCCUUGAUGCAGGGUGGCUGGGCCUGCCAGUAUUUUGCAAACCGGAGCCAUCAGCAGGAAGCUGCCUUCAAGAGUCAUAUUUUUCGGUACCUUCGCAUUUUCCUUCCUGAGAGCGGUUUUGCCAUCAGACGUUGUAGUCGAUAUUCCUUAGAAAUAAAUGGAGCCCAGGUAGUGUCUACAAAGUCAUGGAGAAAGAAUGAUAAACUGGAGCUUUUAGAGGGCUACAUUGCAGAACUGACAGAACCCGAUGAGAGCCUCCUCCGAGCAGGUGAAAAUGACUUCAGCAUCAUGUACUCCACCCGGAAACAGUGUGCCCAGCUUUGGCUAGGGCCUGCAGCCUUCAUUAAUCAUGACUGCAGACCAAACUGUAAGUUUGUCCCAAUGGAUGGGAACACGGCUUGUGUCAAGGUGCUGCGGGACAUUGAGCCAGAUGAUGAGAUCACAUGCUUCUAUGGCGACGGCUUCUUUGGGGAGAACAAUGAAUUAUGCGAAUGCCACACUUGUGAAAGGAAGGGGGAAGGAGCUUUUCGCCUCCUGAAUCAGACACCAUUGGUAGCUACCUCAGUCAAUGAGAAAUACCUACUGAGAGAGACAGAUGGCCGUCUGCAGAGGUGGAAAAAGCAGUCUUGCAAACAUGCUCAACGUAAUGUGAAAGCGGGACACAAAACCCGGCGCAGGAAAUCACAAUUACAUGGUGCUGUACACAGAUAUACCACUCGCUGGUAUCUUAAGAUGCUGAAGCCUUUACACAUCCCGCUGCACAACUGCUUGGCCUGCAGAGCACGUGGAUGCAAGCUCCGUAAGCAGCCUCUGGUGUGUCUGCUUCCUCCGUUGCCUGUAUUGCACCUCAGGCAGUCUUUGAUAAACAAGAAUUGCCACUCCGAGACCCAGCAAGACUGCUCUCUUACAAAGAUGCACAAUGGCCCUGAAAGCCCGGGCGUGGCCAAUCAGGGCAGCCUGGUAGUGAAUCUCGGGAAGAGAAUUCCCUUGGACUGGGCAAGGUUUCAUAGGGAAGUAGCAUGUGACAUUAAAGAAGAAAAACUUUCUAACACUAACGAGGAGUUUAGCCAGGGGACCGAGGAAUAUGAUUCAAAGGAUAUGGAGGAAAGUCAUGCUGAUGUUAAAGAAACCCAUGAAUCAGGAUCUGGGGUUCUCCAUUCAGGAGAGCAAGUCCCCCCUGAUUCUUCAGGUUCUCUUUCAUCCGGUCAGUUUUUGUGCAGAACAAGAAGCAUGGCUCAGUGCCAAGCUCACGUUUUGCCCCAAUCUCAGUUGUCAUUACCAAUGGUAGACCCCAAGCUUUCCCAGUAUGCUCACGUCCGCCUGGAAGGCCCACUUUUUGGAGGCAGGCAGUGCUGGCAGCAGCUCCCUUCAGACAAGGUGGAGAAGGAACAAGCCGAGGAACAGCAUCUUCCUAAGCGGAUGGUUCCAUCAACCUUGAGGUAGCUGCAAGCUCCUGCGAGGAGAUGUCCUCAUCUGGCUGAUCUCCUGUGACUGAAAAUGAGACUUUAGCUUCUUACUGAAUUUACCCAUGAAAACCAUCUACCAGAAUUUGCCUGAAAUUAUCCAUCUUUUUGUUGUGCCCUUCUCCCAAUCACCUUAUAUGGGUUGAUAACAUCUCUUCUGAAGUAAUGUCCCCAGUGGGCACAAGGCUGCCUGUGCUAAAAACAAAGCCUUGUGUUCCACUCCUACUUUUUUCCAUUGAAAUUGAUAUUUCAGUUAUCUUUCCAGAGUACUUCCUUUAUCACAUCCUCACGAUUCCUUCAAAAAAAAUUGUUCUCCACUACUUUGCCAAACUUUACUGUAUAGUCUUGAAACUUAAGCCAUAUAGGAGACUGCAUGGAUGCUUUGGAUUGCCUCCUGGUCUUUCCUUUGAACUCUACUUUCUUUCCCACCGAGUCCUUUCACCUCUCUACUCUCGAUAUCUCCAUGUUCUGGUUUAUAGCACUGUAGUUAUAGACUGCUUGACAGAUGGACAUGGUAUUUUGGCAUUUAUUGUCCCUACAGAGUGAGGCAGAAUUGGUGAAGUGACUUGUGGAGAAAAGAAAACCAGCAUCUAAUCAGGGAAGUCCCUUUAAAACUUAUUGUGAGAAAACCAGCAACCAGAAGUGCACAUUGGCAUGCAGCCUAAACAGUUCAGUCCAUUUAGCCU